AUCAGCCAUUUGUAUUUUAAUAAUCCGUGAGGGUUUAUCUAUGUCCGUGAGCACCUGAACUCAUAUCUAGAUUGUUACGGAUGGUUAGCAUAUGGUUACGGUUUUCAAGUCGUGUGUAAUUACAGGUGCAUGGAAUAUUUGAAUAAGUAAUGGCAUCCAAAGUGACAUUCAAGAUCACUCUCACAUCCGAUCCUAAACUUCCCUUCAAAGUGUUGAGCGUUCCAGAAAAUACACCGUUCACUGCAGUGCUCAAAUAUGCUGCUGAAGAAUUCAAAGUCCCACCAGCAACUUCAGCAGUGAUCACUGAUGACGGGAUCGGGAUAAAUCCCCAACAGACUGCAGGUAAUGUUUUCUUGAAGCACGGUUCUGAACUUCGGUUAAUUCCCAGAGAUCGAGUGGGCACAAGAUGGAACCUCACUGCACACCUGCCCAGUUGGUCAUAGCAGUACAUUUGAAAUCUGGUUUAUGUAUCAGUUCAAUACAACAAGAAAAACUUUUGUAUACUGUUCUAAAAUUCAUUGUGUAUUUAUUUUAUUUUAGCUAUAUAAAUUUAUGACAAUGUUCUCAGAGCAUUAAAGUUACUUUCUGUAAUUAAAACUUACUGGGACAUUUUAGAAUACAGAACUAUAUCUGAAGACUUAAAAUUCUAUGUGUAAGUGCAUGGAAACCUUUAAUGAAGAAAUUUGAAUGCUGUCUCACCAGCAGGUACCUCUUCGAGGUAUGUUCCUGCCUGGUCCAGGAGCUUAUUAAUUUUCUUGAUUACAUUAAAUUAAUGCAGCCAUAAGGCCUCUUUGUAUAAGCCAUGCAGCAGUAAAUAUCUCUGUAUUGUCAGUGAGUGAGCAUGAUUGUUACUGUAGCUUAUCCAAAGUUAAGAAAUGGUUAUUGCGCUUAUGGCAGUAGUGUUGUAACAUGAUAGUUCCUUUAGCGUGAGUCCAGCCAAGUGCUGGAUGAGCUUCUAACUGGUUAAGCCCAUAACUUUGGACUAGUGUGAUAAUGUGGGACUUCAUUGGGGCUGGAAUGACGAAAAUCAGGGGAAAACUGAUUAUCUCACAGUAAUGCUUCUUAAUUAUCAUUUCAUCCACCAUUAAUCUCACUUGAAGUCGUCCAAGACUGAACCCAGAUCUUGGCAGUCAAGAGGCCAAAAUCUAGCCACCUGAGCUAUGACGUGGUCAGUGUUGUAACAUAUAGCAAGAUAAUGCAGGAACCCAGGUACAUGACUGCAACUUGACUCUGCGAGACGUGAAUGUUUAUAAAGUCGCCUUGUUGGUAAGUUCAUAUGGCAUUCAAGAAAAGUAUUUCGUCACAUUUUUAUGAAAAACUUUUCUCUCUCCCCCCCACCCCACCCAUCAUGUUCAAAGUGUUAGAGAUAUUUAAAAGCUGAACUCAGUACUUAAAUUCAUUUGUUGAGUUUCACCACAGAAGCAAAUCAGAAAGCUAAUUUUGCAGUUGCAUUCAACAUGCUUGAAUACACACAAUAUAUCAUUGACACACAGAAACCUUCAACUAAAUUGUAUUUCGUGUUUACUCAUGUUCUGUUUGCUCCCAGUAGUUUGCCUUUUCUGUUCCUGCACGCUCGUAUGGUUUUAUGUUUGAAACAUUCCUGAUUUGGCCUUGCAUAGUUUCAAAAUCUUGAUACUGUAUUUGUAUGAUUUCUCUUUCUCAUAGACACAAAAGAGUACAUGCCCAUGAAAAGCACAUAUUGCCUCGUCAGUCGUGAGGUAUUCUUCUGUCAUACAUACCUCUUGACAUUUUUUUGUCAAAAUUUGCAAAAUGGCCUGAUGUGUAAUGGUGUGGUUAACCAUUUUGCAUUUGUUUUUCAUUGUCAUUCUGAUGCAACAAAUUCAAAAUAGCCCAUAAUCUGCCCAGAGGCAUUCCAUUGACUGUACGUAAUUAGUUUCCAGAAUCUGUUGUGUGCACCAGUAAUUUCUUGUGUUAUGACCACAAACAAUUUUAUGCCUUGUGUAAGUGGUUGUAUGCUGAUUAUGGUUUUAGAGGGCCUUCUAUUUUUCUUCUUGUUCAUCUGCUGUUGUGCAUACCUUUCAGUUUCUUAACUUAAAAACUGGCGCAAAAUCCAUACAUUCCGGUAAAUGAAGGCCUUUGUAUUUUAUCAGGUUUUUCCCCUUUCAAACAGCUGUGAUUUUUGAGCCUGAAAAUGUUUCUGACAGUACGUAUUUCAUAUGUUGGACAUGUCCAUUGGCUGAGGUAUAUUUGAUGCACACUUUUGGAAUUGACUCUACUCCCUUCUUCAAGUGACUGCUUGCCAUUGUUAUUUUUUGUUCUCUUGUCACAGGUUUUUUUGUUCUUAUUGUUUUCUGCUCUUGAACCUGUGGUGAAAUCUGAGAGGUGGGCCACUCAGAUUUCAAGUUUCAGAUUGUAGCACUUUCCUUAUUAUGUGCAAUGAACCUUGUAUGGCUGUCUUUUGUAGAUGAUCUAUUCAUUCCUCUUCCUAAGUAUUUUCCAGAAACAUUAGUGGUCACUGUCCACUCUUUGGCGAUGCCGUCCAUGGAUGGUUAUAAUUUUUCUCAUUUUUCUAUCCAGUUCUUGUGUUUAUUCUUGGUGUCAGUUAAUAAUUAUGAAGCUGCAUCUUGGUGUUUGUAUUACCAAUUAUCCACUUGCUUGCAUUUUAUUUUUGUGCGUACGACCACGUUCAAAAUUGAUCUUAGUCUCCGUUCAGCUUGUGAUCUGAAUGCUGUACAUAUUCUGAAUAUAUAUAUUAUUUUAUUUAUGUAGUGUACAUUUCUGAUAUAAUAAAAAAUUGUUCUUAUAGUGACUAUAAAGCAUAAAAGCUAAAUUAAAUAGUGUAUGUUGGAUUAAAAAAUAACAAUACACAUUAAGAGCCCUUGUCCACAGUCCUUUUAACUGACAUAAAAAUUUAAUUUUACAUUGUACGUGAUGUUAACAAUACAGAUCUCUGUUUACAGUGCAUUGUUUAGAGAAAGCCGAAGGACUAUUAUACUGCACCCUACACAAAAAGUCAUGGAAAUACAUUAAUAUAAGAAAGAAUAAUCAGUUUUCAAUAGAAAUGUUAAGAUAAUACAAAACAAUGAAUGCCGUAUUUCACCUGACAUAAAGAAAUUAUGUAUUGCGACAUUUUUACUAUAAGAAAAUAAUGCAGCCUUGUGAAUACAAUAUGAAUGUCUGCAGGGAGUACCAAAUAAUGAAUGUUAUGUCUUACCAAUUAAUAUGUUAACACAUCAGUGGGCAGGAACCUAUAAAAGUCAUGGUAUUCAUUUAACAUGUACUUGCACAUAACAAGCAAAUUUACUUUCUUUUAGUAAGUGAUAGAAAGUGGCAGUUAUAAACAAUUUAUGAUCAGUUUUCAUGCUUUAUGUGUUUGCUAUUGUACUGAAAAUACUUUGUUUUGGUCCCUCAUUAUCACUGUGUGGAACCGAGCCUUUCCGCCGAUUUGUAAGUGGCAAAUGUAUGUCUGGAGCUUUGUGUGGUAACAUAACAUUGUGCGACCAUAAUUACAGGAGAGAAGAGGGGAAAUUAAUGUUGUAAGGAAGUGAAUUGUAAUACAGGUUCAUUUGCA